AUGUCUUCGGGUGGUCUAUGGGAAAGUAGGAACCCCCAGGUCAAAUACCAAAUACUGAAUCGGUGUGAAGUGGCGGGCGAUGAAUGUGCAAGAAAGACGGUUGGGGGACGAGAGGGGCGGCUUGUUAGGACCAACAGCGGUGAGGAUGGCGUUACCGGCCCUUUCAGUUCAAGCUCCAUAAACUGUGGUCUUUUCGAAUUUCCCUCAUAUCCUUCGACCCGUAUUAUCAUCGCCGCACUAGCUCUUACCACAGUCACCACCAUCGAGGAGGAAAUUCUGACGAGCAAGCAGCGCGACUGGUACCGCUCCGCCGCUCAGAGCCUCAACCCCCAGGCAUACCACCAGUUAAUACGGCCGUCAUCAUCGCUACUCCCUCCGCAGGCACGAAACAAGGACUUGAUCGUUGACGAAUAUGAUGUAGUCUGGAUCACAAUCAAGGGAAGCUCCCUUGUCGAGCUCCAUGUCUCCCAGCCUGAGACUGCGGCCGAGCCGAACGAUGAACUGUUCUUCCGAGUGAGCGAGACAACGACCACGAACAUGCCCCUAUUUGGAUACCUGUUUUACAGCAUCCGGUCACCUGCCAUAGGCUAUCAAACGUUCAGGAAGGUAGCCAGCCGGUCACAAAGUCACCAAACGGGACCUGCGAUCACACUCAAGACGCCAGCCCUGUGA